CGACCGAGCUGGCCAUGACGAAGACUGCGGUGUGCAUAUACCACUUCCUCCUUUUCAGCUGGUAUAUUUUCAUCAAUCAUUACAUCUCACAGAAAGGCAAAACCCAGUUGGGAUCCAAAGUCUUUCAAGAUGGUGGACGGUGGAAGUACUUGACAAUCCUGAAUCUGCUCUUGCAGAAAAUUUUCUUCGGGGUCGCCUGCCUGGAUGAUGUGCUGAAAAGAAUCACAAGGAGAAAGACCAUUAAGUUUGUAACUGCCUUCAGAGACCUGCUCUUCAGCACCCUGGCUUUUCCUGUAUCCACGUUUAUCUUUUUGGCAUUUUGGAGCAUCUUUCUCUAUAAUCGAGAACUCAUUUACCCCAAGGCCAUUGAAGGAGUCUUCCCAGCGUGGCUGAAUCAUGCAAUGCACACUACCAUAUUGCCUUUCUCACUGGGUGAGAUCAUCCUCAGACCACAUCACUACCCAUCGAGGAAAACAGGACUCACCGUGCUGGCUAUUGGUGGCCUUGCCUACAUCGGCAGGGUCCUGUGGCUCUACGUUGAAACGGGCACGUGGGUGUACCCUGUGUUUGCCCAGCUCAGCCCCUUUGGCCUGGCCGUCUUCUUCUCUCUGAGCUAUCUUUUGAUGGCGGUCAUCUACCUGCUUGGAGAAAAGCUCAACCACUGGAAAUGGGGAUACAAGGAUGCUGAGCCCAGGACACAAGUCCCUCAGGAAGAGAAAACCAGCUUACAAGAGACAGCAGACUCAGAGAGGGACUAAGCAUCUGCUGGCUGGAUGGCCAGCCGCCCAGUCAGCUGUUGCCCAUGGCCUGAGGGACAGGUGCCAGAGGUCAGGGCCCAAGACCAUAGGUCCUUUUCCUCCUGCUCUGAACGUGUGAGCUAAGAACUCUGGGCUGGCCAAGGGACCUGGUGAUAGUACUUUGAACAGACUAUCAAUUUGUAAUUCAAUUUUUAAAGAUAAUUUAACAUAAUUUUGCA